GCAACACUCCAAUUUACAUAUAAGAGCAAUCUCCCUGCUCGAGAUUCAUUUCUUGUACAACCUCCUAAACAUUCACUGGUUAUUCCUCUUCAUCACUCUCCGCAACAUUUGCGUAUGCGCAGCAAAACCUGAAAUAUUCGACACCCAAGAGUUAAGCAAGGUCAUGACUACAGAGCAGGAAAAGCAGAAGUCUCCUCCCCCUCCCAAUCCGCCCCCAUCGCCACCUCCUUCGGAGGGUGAUGCUGACAGUAACCUGGAUGACAUUAUGAAGGAGGGUGAGAGGGAGGAUGAAACGAAGUGA